CAUGUGUCAGACACUUAACAGUAGGCACAUCAGACCCUAAAUAAGCACCCCCCCCCAACUUCACCGGUGGGAGGAGGAUGAGGAGAAAGAGAAGGAGGGGAGCGUCAGAUAGCGACUAGAUUAGAUUCGUUUCCAAACGCGCACCGAUGGCGCUGUGAGGCGUUUGGAUGAGGAGGAGGGGGACACUGCUUUGGAUUUGUGAUCAGUUUUUUGCGCCUCUUUUCCACUCCAUAAAUCAUUUCUUGGGCUGAACAUAAACAAAGCUAUGGAUUAUUCCCUCUGUAUGUUGGUUCUUCUGACGAGCCUUUCGUCUGUUUCGCCAGGACAAUUCCCGACACCCCAGAUCAUAAAAGACUGGGUGGACCAGAUUCAAAAAGACUUGAUCACAUUAACAGACAAAGCCAGUGGUUUGCAGGACCUAAUAAAGAUAUAUCAUGAACACAGAAAAUACUUCAGCGUGGAAUCCAACAAUGCAGCAGAACUGGUGAAAACGGCUGCAGAGAACAUAGAGAAACUGCUGGCUAAUCGCUCCGAAGCCCUUAAGCCACCAUUAUUUUGAAUGAGCUGAACUGGACGGAUGCCCUGGAGGAUGUUUUCCGGAAAAACAAAGAGGACGACCCCUCACUGCUCUGGCAGGUGUUUGGCUCCGCUACUGGACUGGCUCGGUACUACCCAGCUUCCCCCUGGAUCGACAAGAGAAAUUCUCCCGACAAGAUUGACCUGUAUGACGUACGCAGGCGACCUUGGUACAUUCAGGGGGCGGCGUCACCCAAGGACAUGCUGAUCCUGGUGGAUGCGAGUGGAAGCGUAUCGGGUCUCACCCUCAAACUGAUCAAAACGUCGGUCAGCAAGAUGCUGGAGACCCUCUCUGAUGAUGACUUUGUUAACGUGGUUUCUUUCAACAAAAACGCCACGCCUGUAGCUUGCUUUAAGAACUUGGUGCAGGCCAAUGUGAGGAACAAAAGGAUGCUGAAGGAGGCUGUGCAGGGACUCAAAGCUGAGGGCAUCACCAACUAUACAAGUGGCUUUGAGCUCGCCUUCGAACAGCUUGCACAGACCAAUGUGUCAAGGGCCAACUGUAACAAGAUUAUAAUGCUGUUCACCGAUGGAGGAGAGGAGAAGGCAGAGGAGAUCUUCAAGAAAUACAACCCAAAGCAAGAGGUGCGCAUCUUUACAUUUUCAGUAGGACAGCACAGCUAUGAUAAGGGGCCGAUACAGUGGAUGGCCUGCAAUAAUAAAGGUUAUUACUAUGAGAUUCCAUCUAUUGGAGCCAUUCGGCUGAACACUCAGGAGUACUUGGACGUUUUGGGUCGGCCAAUGGUCAAAGCUGACAGCAGGUCCAAGAGGGACAAAAAGGCCAAGCAAGUUCAGUGGACAAAUGUCUAUCUAGAUGCACUGGAGCUUGGUCUUGUAAUCACCGGAACUCUGCCUGUCUUCAACAAGACCGACACAGGCUCAAAGAAGUCACAAAACCAGCUCAUCCUGGGAGUGAUGGCUAUUGAUGUCUCCCUGGAAGAUAUCAAGAGGCUUACUCCUCGGUUCACAUUUGGUCCAAAUGGCUACUACUUUGCUAUUGAUCCAAAUGGGUAUGUGUUGCUCCACCCUAAUCUUCAGCCGCUGACUGCCAAGUUUGAUGAACCUGUGACACUCGACUUUCUGGAUGCAGAAUUGGAGAAUGACAUCAAAGUGGAGAUAAGAAGUAAAAUGAUAGAUGGAGAGAGAGGAAACUACAGUAUAGCUACACUGGUGAAAUCCCAGGAUGAGCGCUACAUUGACCAAGGUCAGAGGACCUACACCUUUGGCCCUGUGAAAGGGACAGACUACAGCCUGGCCCUGGUCCUACCAGACUACAGCGUGCAUUACAUCCGUGCAACAAUAGGCGACACAAUAACCCAGGCAAAAUCAUUUUUGGAGAAAGAUGUUUCUGAGAGCCUGCUUGCAGACAAGUUCGAUGAAUACGGGUAUACAUUCAUCGCACCGAGGAUGUACUGCAAAGACUUGAAGCCACCUGACAAGGAAACGAGCAACAUAAAUUUCCUGAUGGACUUUAACAAUUAUAUUGACACAAAGACGCCAAACAACCCCAUGUGUAAUGUUGAGCUUGUGAACCGACUCCUCCUUGAUGCUGGUAUCACCACUAAGCUGAUCAAGAUCUGGAAACAGAAUGAGUUGCAGCAUGGUGUCAUUGCCAGGUUUGUUGCAACUGAUGGAGGAAUCACUCGCGUCUUCCCCAAAAGUGCCGGGCUGGACUGGACAGAAGAAGCGGAGACUUAUGAGUCGAGUUUCUACAAGCGAAGUUUAGACAAUGACGUGUACAUCUUCACACCAACACCCUGCAACGAAAGUGAUACAGAUGUCCUCGUGAGCAGAGCAGUAAAGCUUGAGAUUGACAACAUUACACUCAAACCAGCUGUUGUUGGUGUGAAGCUGGACAUUUAUGCGUGGAUGGAGAGCUUCAUCAACAUCACAUAUAGGAUGAAUUGCAAGGAUGAAAUCUGUGGCUGUAAGAGAGGUGAUCCGUACAUAGACUGCGUCGUCUUGGAUGACGGAGGAUUCCUUGUGAUGUCCAAUCAGGAGAACCAUGUUACUCAGAUCGGCUGUUUCUUUGGUGUCAUCGACCCUGACCUCAUGAGAACUCUGGUCAACUCGUCGCUUUUCACCUCCAAGAGCACCUACGACUACCAGUCUCUCUGUGAGCCCAAGAGAGAGAGCAAGGCAGCUGCAGGCCUGCGAUCCAUCUAUGUGCCCACAAUAGCAGAUAUGUUGAAUAUGGGAUGGUGGGCGACAGCUGCAGCCUGGUCUAUUGUGCAACAGUUGCUGGUCAGCAUCACCUUCCCAAAUUUUCUAGAUGCAGCUGAAAUGGACGAUAAAAUGUCUGAUGCAAUGAGUAAGGAGGUGUGCAUCACAGAGCAAACUCAGUACUUCUUUGAGAACGAUGAGUCGUCCUUUGGAGGCUCAUUCGAGUGUGCCAACUUCACCAGGCAAUACCUAGCUGAAAAGGUGCCCAAUACGAACCUGGUGUUUAUCAUUAGUGACAGACAACCAGACAGCCAAUCAAGUUGCUUUGGGAAAUUAAGACAGGAUGAACAGCAAUCCAAUGGGCCAAAUCCCUGCGAAAUGGCUCUCAGGCCUCGCUACAGGAAAGGCCCUGCAGUUUGUUUCGAUAAAACGGAGCACGAUGAGGCCAUGUGCCGAAGGAGCGCUGGCUCCCCAUUGGCUUCCUCUCUGCUCAUGUUACUGCUGCCACUGUUCAUGUGCUGUCUCGGGAAGAGGACCCUGACUGUGGCGGGGUGUCCAGCCUGAGCCCCUCACUUUGGCUGAUGGUGGCCAUUCAAGCAGUGCUGCUCUGGGUUGUGACUGACUCCAGGCACCAUGCAAUCUCAUCAUGACCUCAGAAAAAAAAAACAUGAUCCAGCCCUAAAUGUUUCUCCAGAUCAACAACAUGGCUACCAGCAUCCGGAGCUGCCACCCAAAGAUACAACGAAAGGCUCUUGAAACAAAAAAGAGGGACACCCCGAAUGUCUUUUAUUUUCAGGGUGUUCUCAAUGUGUCUUCAUUUGGGUGAUGUGGAUGAAAGAGUUGUUUAUCAGAGGAUGAAGGUUAAAAUGAUUUGAAACCUACGACUUCCUAUGACUAGCCUUUGUUUCUUCAUCUGAUAAAUCCAGAGAUUCAUUUUGAUCACCAACGUUUGAACGUAAUCUGAUGUCACUGAUUGAACAAGAUUGGACUGCUUUACAGUGUCAAAGCUGGCCUACGGCUUUUUUUUAUUCUGAGCAGUUUUAUUCACUACUGCCAGGAAGAGUGCUACCCUUUGCAAGAGUAACCUUUAUUCAGAUACAACUUGCAGUGCUUAGUUAGAAUACCCUUUAUUUUCUCCAGUGAAAGAACAAUCUGCUGUUCUUGUAUUGGGAUAUCCAAACUGCAAAAUGCAAACCAUAUUCUUAGCAACGUUUAUUUACAGGAGCCAACUCUUGUGCUGCCACAGAGAGCUUGUUUAGGGGUGUUGAGUUUUAACUUUAAAGCUGAUUUUUACAAUUGGCUCAAGAGUUAUGCGUUUGAAAUUACAGCCUUUUAUGUUUUGUUUUGUUUUAUAAUUGCUCUUGGGAAAACUUUGUGCCCAUAGCGCACAUUAACCAAUCAGGAGACGUCCGGCUUGUGUCCUCUGCAGCUCAGUGGACAACAUUUCUAGUGCCAUGUAGACUGUGUGACUCAGAUAAACCCUCUGUAGACUGUAGCUGCUGUGGAGUGUACUGGUGAAUAAUAUGAACUUUUUGUUUAUUUGAGUGAUGUUUCUGUACAGGGUUUAUACAUUAAAGAAUCUGAAUGAAGGUUAAGCAACCUGGUCAUAGAGAAAAAAGGUGAUUUUAUAUUUUUUAAAUUAAAUUUUAAACGACCUGCGCGAAAUUCACAGUGCAGCUAUUAUUUAUUGCUACGUUUUAGACUUUUAAAAUUGUCACCCAUCAUUUAUUUGAGCAACACAUGCAAACAUCCAGAAGUUCUUUUCUAUUUUCUAAGUAAGAUAUCAGAAGAUCACGUCGGCUAUUACAAUAACAAAGAUUAUUGAAUCAUGUUUUUAUUUGUUUGAAAUGAGUACAGCAAUUGGUCAGUUGAAUAAAUUAAAUGGAGUGUUCUAAUGGUU